UUAGUGAACCGGGAUCACCAAUCUCCUAUUUCUUCCGGUCUCUCUGUCUUUUCCUUCGCCCGUCGGUUCCCGCUCUUCCCAAAUUGCAACCAUCUCCGUCUCCUUCUCUUUGUCUCUCUCUUUCUUGUUCCACUCCAUUUCUGUGCAAGUUCAAAGGUUCAACAAUUGCUUUAACAGCCCUUCAAUUGGAGCUGGUUUUGGGAGCUUCUUCCGUAGGGCAUGGCGUAUCCAAAAUCUGCUAAUGCAGAACGGGAGGUAAUGCAAGUUAAUAAUGUUCAGAGGAAACCAAGGAUUUUACUUGCUGCCAGUGGAAGUGUAGCUUCGAUUAAAUUUGGGAAUCUCUACCAUUCUUUUGCUGAAUGGGCAGACGUUAGAGCAGUGGCUACUAGGGCCUCUUUACACUUCAUCGAUCGAGCAUCUCUUCCUAAGGAUGCUGUUCUUUACACCGAUGAGGAUGAGUGGACUGGUUGGAACAAAAUUGGAGACAGUGUUCUUCAUAUUGAGCUUCGCCGGUGGGCCGAUAUCAUGGUUAUUGCCCCUUUAUCUGCAAACACGCUCGGCAAGAUUGCUGGUGGAUUAUGCGACAAUCUAUUGACUUGCGUUGUGCGAGCAUGGGACUAUAACAAACCACUCUUUGUUGCGCCUGCAAUGAAUACCUUUAUGUGGACCAACCCUUUCACUGAGCGGCAUCUCAUUGCAAUCGAUGAACUUGGGAUAACUCUUAUACCACCUGUUACGAAGAGGCUGGCUUGUGGGGACUAUGGCAAUGGUGCAAUGGCUGAACCUUCCUUAAUCUUCUCUACUGUGAGACUCUUCUAUGAGUCACGAAUGCAACAAAGUGCCAAAAAUGGUGAGUAGUUAGAACAUGAACACUUCGUCAUGAGGAGAUGGAAAGGGAAGUAGAUUUCCGCUUAGUUAACAAUUAAAAGUUGUAGCUGCUGCUCGCUAAUCCUGUAUAAAAUUCCUUGUUUACCCCUUUGUGUUGAACCUCUAUUGUGCAUUAUGUAGAGGCACUACACGCCUUGGAACCUUACUUUAAGGAUACUUUUUAGCUUAUGAAUUGAUCGAUUUUAUAUUUGUUCUA